UCUCAACCCCAUCUUGAUCAUCCAUCCUCAACAAAUCAACCAAUCCACAACCAACCAAGCAUACUAUUCAAGAUGUCCCCCGAUCUUUCCCUCCCCGUAACCUGUCCUCCCAUGGGCGCCUUCGAAAACUACAGCAUGGACAACGCCGCCUUCGCCCUCUACACCCUCCUCAACAGCGAGUGGAUCACCAGUACAGAUGUCCCACCACUCGUCCGCUUGCCGGACCGGUACAACUUCACGGGGCAACCCCGCCGUGCCGUCCUCGACGCCCACGUCGCCCUCGACAAGGACAUCACCCCGCGUGACGAUAACCCCGACGUCGAGGGCGACCUGCACUGGUAUCCCUCGGCGUUUAUCGUCGUCACCGAUGUGGACUGGGCGACAAGGGGUCUGCUGUUUGUGUAUCUUGAUGAUCGGGAUGAUGAGGGUGAGGGGUUGGAUGCUAUGUGUCGCUCGCUGGAGAAGUUCUUUUUUCGUGCGCAGGAUGCGUAUCCUUUCUUGGGGAGUGUGAGUUAUGGGGAUUUGUUUCUUUGUCAGGCGAGGGAGGAGCAUGCUAUUGAGUAGAUCUUGGUCUUCUUCUCUUCUUACGUGCCAUUCGAGGGCUGCUUUCUUCUGUUCUUUCGCUUAGUUCCGUGCUUCUUGUCUCCUAGCUCUACAUGUCCGCCAUAUACGGAACCUUCUACCUCUGCUUCGCCGCCUUCCCCAUCGUCUUACGGGAAAACCGCGGCUGGAGCGCCGGCAUCGGCGGAAUCGGCUUCACGGGGGUCCUAGUCG